AUGAUCCAGGGCACUUUGGAGCUGGAUGGUCCCCUCUGGGGAUGGGAUGGGGACAGUGAUGAUGACUGGGACAGUGUUGUACUGGCCUUGCUGGCACUGGCUGUGGUAGCUGCUACAGCACUGGCUUUGCACUGGUUUGGCUCUGAGAAGGAUCAGGAGGCUCUCUCCAAGGGCUAUCAGGAAGGACAAAUUGUAACUAGCUGGGGAAACCUUAUUGAAAUGGUUCUUAGAAGCCACCCCUUCCCCAGGCAAGAGAGGUCCCAAGGGAGUUACCCAAAGGCAGUUCCUGGGAGACCUACAAAUCUUCGCACUUUCAUGUGCUCUGAGGAUAGACAGUCUGAUUCUCCCUCUGAAGGGGCCAUCCCCAGCCUCAAGGAGAGGCACAGUUCUUCAGCGGGGAAGUCCACAGGGGGCCUGGUUGAGACUGGAUUUCAGCCACAGCCAAGAAGCUCCAAGACCAAUAGGGCUCCCAAGCCAGGCUCUCCCCCAGGCCCAAGAGGACAGGAGACCCAGGAGAAAAGUCUAGACUCACUAUCUGGAGCUCUAAUGCCAAGGCCCCCUUCUGAGCCCCCUGUGCAGACACGAUCUGGCUCCACAUCAUCCCCUGCUGUGAGGGGGGACUCACAGCCUGUUCCACAGCCACAGCCACGGAAACACAGCCUGUGUGAAAUAGACCAGAACUUUGAGCAGGAGGUUGGCCAGGCAGUCCCACAGCACCAGGGGGAGGCACCAGAGAAGGGGGUCAGUGCUGUAGGGAGCUCUGGGCUGCUCACAGAGAAGCAGAAAGAAGCUCAAAAACUCAUGGUUUUUCUGCAGAAGCCCAGGACCUGGGGGGUAGUGGAGGGGCCCCGUCAGCCCAGCUCACGAGCCCUGGAGCCUACCACUGUCGCAGCUCUGCGGCAGCGGCUGGACCUGGGCAGCUGCCUGGAUGUGCUGGCCUUUGCCCAGCAGCACAGGGAACUCGGCCUGGCCCAGGAGACCUAUGCCCUGAUGAGCAACAACCUGCUGCACGUGCUGGGAGACCCUCACCUAUACAGGCAGCUGAGUGGGGCUGACCGGGAGCGCAUCCUGAGUCUGCGCACAGGCCGGGGCCAGCCGGUGUUGGGGGUCCUCGUGCUGCCCAGCCUUUACCAGAACACAUGGAGGCCUCUGACCCAGGUGCCCGAGGAAGCCCCACUCAGGGGCUGUGGUCUCUGCACCAUGCACAACUAUCUGUUCCUGGCUGGGGGCAUCCGUGGCUCUGGGGCCAAGGCUGUCUGCUCAAAUGAGGUCUUCUGCUAUAACCCUCUGACCAACAUCUGGAGCCAGGUGCGGCCCAUGCAGCAGGCCCGAGCCCAGCUCAAGCUGGUGGCCCUGGAUGGGCUGCUAUAUGCCAUCGGGGGUGAGUGCCUGUACAGCAUGGAGUGUUAUGACCCCCGCACAGACUCCUGGACCUUGCGUGCGCCCCUCCCUGCAGGCACCUUCCCUGUGGCCCAUGAAGCUGUGGCCUGUCGUGGGGACAUCUAUGUCACAGGGGGUCACCUCUUCUACCGCCUGCUCAGGUACAGCCCCAUGAAGGAUGCUUGGGAUGAGUGCCCCUACAGCGCCAGCCACCGGCGCUCCAGUGACAUUGUGGCACUGGGAGGCUUCCUGUACCGCUUUGACCUCCUGCGGGGUGUCGGUGCUGCGGUGAUGCGCUACAACACUGUAACAGGCUCCUGGAGCCGGGCUGCCUCACUGCCCCUGCCGGCCCCCACCCCUCUCCGUUGCACUGUGCUGGGCAACACCAUCUACUGCCUUAACCCCCAGGUCACUGCCACCUUCACAGUCUCUGAGGGGACAGCCCAAUUCCAGGCCAGGGAGCUGCAGCCCUUCCCUCUGGGGAGUAAGGGCAUCCUUUGUCCAUUCAUCCUGACUCUGCCCCGUGAGGACUGGCUGCAGACCUCCCUGUGAGUGGCCAGU